CACGUUCGCCCUGGAUCACAAUGUGCGACAGGAUAUGUUAUCGAAAUGGUAUCGAGGCAACAACACAUGUUGUGCAAAUCCGUAGCCAUUUUGGUUCAAACCGUUUGCGGCUUCAGGUUUUGCCUUUUUUAACAUUCAGUUUCCUAUACAGUGUUUCUUGUUGCUAACUUGUUUACACGACAACGGCUGCUUGUGGGCUUGCGGGAGCUUCAUCGGGAUACCGUAUCAUUCGUCUGAAUGGAUCAGUUUGACAAUGUGAGUCGAGUCAGUGACAAAGUGAAUCGAGUCAGGGAGUGGGCAAGGAGCGUUUCUAGUACAAGAGAGUUGACCCUGUAUGUCCAGGGUAUUCCUGCAGAGUGCACGAAGUCCCAACUCAUGGCUUGGAUCAACUCCUUCGGAUUCGCUGGCACCUACGACUACCUCUACCUGCCACGCUGCCUCCGCACGCAGAAGUCCAAGGGCUACGCCUUCAUCAACUUCGUCGACUCCGAGACGGCACAGAGGUUCACCGAGGUGCUUGGGCGGGUGUCUGUCCAUCCCCGAUCGUCUCUGGUCGUGCUCGUCUCGAUGACCCAGGGGCUGGUGGAGAACCUGGCGAGGUGGAUGCGCGCGCGGUCGCGGCGCGUGCGGGACCCGGAGGUCCUGCCGUUCGUGGCGCCCCUCGAGGCACUCGGCGUCGCACACCCGAUGGAGGCGGAGGCGCACUCGCCGUCGGAGCCGGAUGCGGAGUCGUCGCCCAGCGGCUCCGAGUUGCCCGCCCCGCGCUUCUCCACGGAGGGCGAGGCCGUCAGCGCCCCGCCGUCGGCGCGUACCGGCGAGCUAGGCGCGGGGCGCCGGGGCACGCGGCGGAGCUGGGGCAGCGGCGCCCCGGGGCCGAGGGCGGGCGCGCCUCCUGGCAGGUGGACGCCGCGCCUCCCGCCCGUGGGGGCAGCGCAGCCUGCGCCGCACGAGGAGGCCGCGUCGCGGGCACAAGCGGAGGCGGCGGCAGCCCAGGGGCUGAGCGGCGGCCCCGAGAGCGAUGUCUACUUCGUUCGCCUCAGCCUUUAGCAGGCGCGUUCCACCGUGUGUGCAUUGUGAAGUGGGGGAGGCUCGCCCCUGCAUUUUCCGGCAGUUUUGUUUUUGAUAUUUGCCGCUGUCUUCUUGGGCCUCGUGGGGGGGUCCUCCGUACAGAAUCUCUGGCAUGUUGACAGACGGCCAGUCUGCUUGAAAAUUGGCGAUGCGCCCUGCGAGCACGACAUGAGUUGGGAGCGGGCACUAUCGCAGUUCAUUUUUCGUGCUUCAGCACGGCUGUUUCAACAUCCUACUUGCGCUCUCGCACGAAUGUCUUCGGCAACUCGUGUUUCUGAACGCCUGUUUCAAAAUCCUGGAUGAUAUCGUGCAUCAUGGUCGGCGGAUUCCGUGUCUGCGUUACCGUUUGCAGGCUCAUGUGAAAGGAGAUAGUGUGUCUAAACGUGCAAAUGCAUGGAUUUGUCGAACGGCUGCCUAGCCGCGUUCCGCGCAAGUCUGGGCACGCUUGUUUCCGGAGGUCACCAACCACUUUUAUGAUGACGCCCUAAGGGUGAUCAUCCGACAUUUCCUGCUUACUCUUGAGAACCGGUCCUCAAGACAAUGACAGCCGAUCUAUAUCGAGCUGAUUGACGUUUUGAGAGUCCGUUGGCCUUCCUGCAGCGUUCGGUCUACUUUGUUGGUGCACUUUUUUUGAUCGCGGUGCGAGAAAACGUGUGC